AUGGCGACUUUGUUGCCGUUACUUUUUGAUGGGAUGAAGACAUGCGGCACAAACACCAACGAACAAAAUAAGCUACCCGGAUUGCCCGAAAAACCUUAUUUGAAUAUGUCUGGUAUUAAUUUCGAUCUACUGCUAGAAGAAAUAGGUGGUUUUGGGCGGUUCCAGAAACUAGCUAUUGCGUCGCUUUCUACUGUGCAAAUUUUUCUGGCGUUCGCAAACUUUGGUUUUGUAUUUUUUGGUCAUGCCCCAACCGAGUUCCACUGUGUUGAACCUCCCUAUAAUGUAACUGGUUGUCAACCACUUUGCAGACGAUAUGAAUCUGAAGACGGAUAUUUCUCCUAUACUAUUGAGUGGCAACUCAUAUGUCACAGUAACUAUCUCCUCAGACUUGCACAGAUCGCCCACAUGGCAGGCCUAUUUUUUGGGGCCUUCACGUGUGGCGCGUUGGCGGAUAGAUUCGGGCGACUUCGUGUACUAUACAUUAGUCUUGGAAUUAUGUGCAUCUUGAGUUUCAUGACCAUCUGGAUCACAAAUAUCUCCUCCUUCUGCGUUGUCACUUUUUUACUUGGUAUUUGUUGCCAAGGCUGUGGUCUCACUUCCUACACCAUCAUUCUCGAAACGGUAGAUGAGAAGCACCGCGCUCUAUGUGGCAUCCUCGAACAGAUUUUUUACGCCUUCGGUAUCGCUUUGACAGCACUACUGGCCUACUAUUUUCUUGACUGGCGCAACCUCGCAAAAGUCUUUGCCACCUGUGGGCCUAUUGCCUUUGUUUGUAUGCUACCAUUUCACAUUGAGUCUACUCGAUGGCUUUUGGUACAACCAAAUAGAAGAGCGGCCGCUCUUAAAAACCUAAACUACAUUGCUCGCAUCAACGGGACCCUUGGGAGCACAAAAUUGAACGGCUUGGGUGACGGGUCACGUAUCACCAGUCUCCUUAAAUCUUUAUCGCAUGAAGGUCUCCGUGCAACGGAAAAUGUUGGUUUGGUGAAGGACACCGAACCACUUAUUGACAACGUCGAUAAGAAAGUGGUUGUGAAACAACGCUCUAUUCAGCGGGAAGGCUGCUGCACACUCUGCUUACAUCCACUGCUGCGCAAGUGGAUGCUCAUUUUUAGUGUCUCCUGGCACCUUAAUUGCUACUCCAAGUGCCAAUCCGGGUGGGUUGGACUGAUACCAGAUGGCGAGAUCCAUAUUUUAAUGCCGGGUGGGCGGAGCCCCGAAUUUGAGUUACAGCUGUCCCACGGUUCACUUAGCGCAGACGCAUACCGCGACCUCUUUUCUAUUGCAGAACGUGUAUGUAGUGCAUCUUUGCUUUUUGCUUACCACAUUCGCUUGUUUUCGGGCGUACACGAUGGUCGUGAAAGGGAUGGUGUCUGUUGCGACGUUUCGAAAGAAAGGCUGUCGUGGAAGGUUGUAGUUCGCACCCUCAUGCAUUAUCAUUCCGUGGCAACUGUAUUAAUCAAUUUUGUUAUUCUGUUUAGCAAUGCAGCAGCCUACUACGGCUCGACGAUUGCGUCGGGAGAGGCCUUUACAAAUCGUUUCCUUAGCUUCGCACUUAGUGGCCUGAUUGAGAUCCCUGGUCAUUGUCUUUCACCUCGGCUUAUGAACACAUGUGGUCGCCGCAAGUUCCACUCGUAUCUUCAAAUCCUCGGUGGUACAUUCUUUUUAUUGGUACCCCUAAUGGGAUCUUGGCACGAGGCAGCGGUGCUGACAGUGGCAACAUUCGCAAAGCUCUGUAUCUCCAUGUCCUUCGCCUCAGCCUAUGUCUACACCUCGGAGGCCUACCCAACGUCUAUCAGCAACAGCGCUGUCGGCUUCUGCGUCACUGCGGGUCGCCUGGGGGGCACUAUCGCCCCCGUUUUCCUCCUUCUAGAAUUUCGCCUCGGCAUGACGAUGGCGAUGUUGACCGCGUUCCUCGACGCUCCACUUCGUAGAGUACCAAAACGUACGCUCACGAAAGCUGCCUUAAAGUUGGAGCCGAAUUUUGUCCACACCAAUCCUCCAGGACCGUCAGAAAACCACACGGGAGCAGAUUCAGCUGAUUCAUCCACUAUGGAAACGCCUCCUAUAAGCCCCAAUGAUUUAUUGCCAGUAAAGUUCACACAAGUGGCCAUCUCCGACUGGCUCCCGACAAACCUUUGCAGGACACCGCUUUCCUGCUGGGAAGGGCGUGGUGGCUAUUGGGCCAUCGGACCUCACAUGCGUCAACAACAAAUGACGGGGACGAGUCGCUCGUGCCUUAUAUUUGGUGUUAUAACGCUGACAAGCGGAGUGGCGGCGCUCCACCUGCCGGAGACUCUCGGCCGCCAGAUGCUCGCCUCCUCAUUCCAAAUCGCUCAGAGGACUUAA